CAGGAAUCAGAACAAAACUCACUUUCUAGAUAACAUCAAAGGUUAAACUUUGUGCAUAGGCUUUUUUUUCAAGGAUAUGCAGCCUCAGGACUGUUAAUGUUAACUUUUUCUGCACAGGAAUUUGGAGGACUUUUAUGGCAGGUGCUGUACUCCCACUUUACAAACAAACAUUGGGGCAGCCCAGGCAGCACACCUUUCUGGAUUUACCAAAAAUACACAUUUUCCUAUUCUACUGUUGCUUUACCACAUGGUUCAGUUGUAGCCUCAGAAUUACUUUAUAGAAGAAACUGAGUGUAGACAGAGAGUAUGAGGUCUGAUGGUCAUGGAAUAAUUGUUUUGAGUCCACAGCAUCAUGAGAACUUCUUGGGAAUAGAGUAUAGGCUCCCAGUGCUGUUAGUCUUACCCAUCCUCCUCUAUGCAUGUGAGAUGUUUCAGGAUUCAGUGGCCUUUGAGGAUGUGGCUGUGACCUUCACCCAAGAGGAAUGGGCUUUGCUGGAUCCUUCCCAGAAAACUCUCUAUAGAGAUGUGAUGCAAGAAACCUUCAGGAACCUGGCCUCUGUAGGGAAAAAAUGGAAAGCCCAGAACAUAUAUGUAGAGUACGAAAAUCUAAAGAGAAACCUAAGAACUUUUGUGGGAGAGAGAUUCUUUGAAAGUAAAGAAGGUUAUCAGCAUGGAGAAAUUUUGACCCUGGUUCCAGAUGACAUGCUGAGGAAGAAAACUACUGCUGGAGUCAAAUCAUGCAGAAGCAGCGUGUAUGGAAAAGUAGGCAGUGCUCAUUCAUCUCUUAAUAGGCCCAUCAGAGAUGACACUGGACACAAGGCAUAUGAGUAUCAAGAAUAUGGACAGAAACCAUACAAAUGUAAAUACUGUAAAAAACCUUUCAACUGUCUCUCCUCUGUUCAGACACACGAAAGGGCUCAUAGUGGAAGGAAACUCUAUGUUUGUGAGGAAUGCAGAAAAACAUUUAUUUCCCAUUCAAGCCUGCAAAGACACAUGAUAAUGCACAGUGGAGAUGGGCCUUAUAAGUGUAAAUUUUGUGGGAAAGCUUUGAUGUUUCUCAGUUUGUAUCUUAUCCACAAACGGACUCACACUGGAGAGAAACCAUAUGAAUGUAAACAGUGUGGGAAAGCCUUUAGUCAUUCUAGUAGCCUUCGAAUACAUGAAAGAACUCACACUGGGGAGAAGCCUUAUGAAUGUAAUGAAUGUGGGAAAGCAUUCCACACCUUCAGCUCUUUCCAUUCCUUUCAAAUACAUGAAAGAACUCACACUGGGGAGAAGCCAUAUGAAUGUAAGGAAUGUGGAAAAGCCUUCAAGUGUCCCAGUUCUGUUCGAAGACACGAAAGAACCCACUCUAGAAAAAAACCCUAUGAAUGUAAACAUUGUGGGAAAGUAUUAUCUUAUCUUACCAGCUUUCAGAACCACCUGGGAAUGCACACUGGAGAGAUAUCUCAUAAAUGUAAGAUAUGUGGCAAAGCCUUUUAUUCUCCCAGUUCACUUCAAACACAUGAAAAAACUCACACUGGAGAGAAACCAUACAAAUGCAACCAAUGUGGUAAAGCCUUUAAUUCUUCCAGUUCCUUUCGGUAUCAUGAAAGGACUCACACUGGAGAGAAACCUUAUGAGUGUAAGCAGUGUGGGAAAGCCUUCAGAUCUGCCUCACUCCUUCAAACGCAUGGUAGGACUCACACGGGAGAGAAACCCUAUGCAUGUAAGGAAUGUGGAAAACCAUUUAGUAAUUUCUCUUUCUUUCAAAUACAUGAAAGGAUGCACAGAGAAGAGAAGCCAUAUGAAUGUAAGGGUUAUGGGAAAGCAUUCGGUUUGCCCAGUUUAUUUCAUAGACAUGAAAGGACUCACACUGGAAGGAAAACCUAUGAAUGCAAGCAGUGUGGCAGAUCCUUCAAUUGUUCGAGUUCCUUUCGAUAUCAUGGAAGGACUCACACUGGAGAAAAACCCUAUGAAUGCAAGCAAUGUGGAAAAGCCUUCAGAUCUGCCUCACAGCUUCAAAUCCACGGAAGGACUCACACUGGAGAGAAACCUUAUGAAUGUAAGCAGUGUGGGAAAGCCUUUGGAUCUGCCUCACACCUUCAAAUGCAUGGAAGGACUCACACUGGAGAGAAACCCUAUGAAUGUAAGCAGUGUGGGAAAUCUUUUGGAUGUGCCUCGCGACUUCAAAUGCAUGGAAGGACUCACACUGGAGAGAAACCGUAUAAAUGUAAGCAAUGUGGGAAAGCUUUUGGAUGUCCCUCAAACCUUCGAAGGCAUGGAAGGACUCACACUGGAGAGAAACCGUAUAAAUGUAAGCAAUGUGGGAAAGUCUUUAGAUGUUCUUCACAACUUCAAGUGCAUGGAAGGACUCACUGCAUAGACACCCAUAACCCCAGGCUUUAGGAGGCUGAGGUGGGAGGACUGCUUAAGCCUAGGAGUUCAAGACCAGCCUGGACAAAAUGGUGAGACUCUAUUAUAAAAAUUAGAUAAAUAAAAAGACUUCCA